UCGCACCUACUUUCGCAUCUGACCUAUCGCUUAACACGAUGAUUACAGGACUUUAUUGGAUUACCUUUUUGCCUUUACGGUACUUUACAGGGUGUUUGUUUAACAUCUACUUCGGGUCACUUGACCUUAGCACAAUUAGCUAUGGCGAAUCAUCAAGAUCAUUCGUCCCAGGGUCCCCGGGAUCUAGGCUACGGCCUCCAGGGCCCUCGUCAUCCUGGCAUGGGCUACAACGGAAACCCUGCACAGCAGGAGAUCCAGAGAAAUCCCCUCCACCGAGCUGGUGAGGAGUCGGGCUUUCUCGACCCGCGAGUGUUGGGCAAUGGUGGUAACCAUCCCAACGCUGCCGCCGAGAACUCGUACGCAAUGGCUCGUGGCGUGCCUCAAGGCUUGCUUCAAGACUGGCCUCAAGGCGUGCCUCGCAACGUGAGCCAGAUGCCUCUAGGAGCAGCACAUAGACAUACCCUGUGGGCGGGUGACCAAGCAGAUCCCCAGAAUCCCCGACCGGCUAUUGGCACACAAAAUCCCCCUAACGACGACGACAACGACGAUUGGACGUAUGCGAUCGAAGUGAUACCCGGUCUUGAUGAACCUGGUCAAGAAUUAGCCAUAGGCCACACCCUCGCUAUCCAUCAGUACCUGAAAAGCCGAUCUGUCAACUACGUCUUAACCGUUACUGCACCCGUUGAAAGGUCCGGCCUUUGUCGACAGUUCGCCCUUCGAAAGCAAGAUCGAUCCAACAACCGCCUGAGACUCGAGUUUCUUAAAGCCUUUAGCCCUAGCCGGCGCUACAACAAAGAGUUCCCGCGUUACUCCUUCAAGAUGAGCGUCAUAUUCAAGGACCGCGUGGUUCAACCCGCCGGUCCGUACCCGCCCGGCAUCGACGGCCGACAUGAUCAGGAGGAAGAUAACCGUUUUUCUCCGGGUCCCUCUAUGAACGGUCUUGCGGGAUACGGUGUGGGGGACGAUCAGCUCUUACUUCCGGCUUCUCCCAGCUCUAACGGCUUGGAUUCCCCUUCUCCUUUCGAGCGGCCUAUUUCUCCUCCCGAAAGUCUCUCAACACCGGGACAUCGCCAUGCCCGACCGCCUCGCCUAGGGCCCGUUAUCAAGCCCACCCGUGUUGCAAUCAAGAAUCGCGAUGGAAAGUUUGCUUGUUCCUUCCUCGGUUGUACCGAGGAGGUGAAGGUGUUUAGUCGGAAAUGCGAAUGGAGCAAGCAUAUGGAUAAGCACGACAGACCCUACAAGUGCCUAGCGCUGGGAUGUGAGAAGCUCGCCGGCUUCACGUAUUCUGGCGGCCUCUUGCGCCACGAGCGGGAGGUUCAUAAUAAGCACGGUGGUCCGAAGAACCCUCUGAACUGUCCGCACGGAAACUGCAAGCGCCACGAGGGCAAGGGAUUCUCACGCAUGGAGAACCUCAACGAGCAUCUGCGCCGAGUGCAUACUCCUAACGAAGCUAACGCCGGGGCUGCGGUCGCCCAAUCGCCCGAGGCCGAGCUCGACGAGAACCCUGCCCCCCUUCAGCAGGCGGUAGCCGGCCAGAAGAUAGGCGAGAAGCGCAAGCCUGAGGAUGAUCUCCGCGAGGAGGUGAAGCGUCUCCACCAGGAGAACCAGAAGCUAAAAGACCAGAUUCUCGCACAGUCGAUUAACAGUAUGGCAAUGAUGCAGACUAUUGGUCAGAUCAAUGCACGACUAGCGCAGCUUGCCAACGGCGGCCCUCACCCCGAAGACCAAGCCCAAGCCCAAGCACAAGCCCAUGUUCAAGUUCAAGCCCAAGCUGGACCCCCCAAAGCCGAGCUUCUACCCGCGGCGGCACUUCCGCAGGCCAUGCCCGAACCCGACCUCAGCGAUCCCCACGCCGCCGGAAACGCUGACCUGAACCCACCCGUGCCGGACUAGGACGCCUUCAUGCAGGACUGGGAUCAGCCGUUUACCGACGGUGCGGGCGGGUUUCUUGACGAUUCUGAAAAUGACGAGGAAGAACAUGACCAGUAGGGCGAGUUUGGCCCCGGCGGACUUGGCGAUGAUGACGAAUGAUGAAUGAAGAAGAAUAAGAAGAACAGCUC